CUCUGUGCCAGGUUGGAAUCAUAUUACACUCGGUCUUUCGACUGUUCCCCCUCCCUUCUCAAGAUCAAGGGGAUAAAUAGAAGUUCCCAGACUUGGGUUAAUCCAUAAUCUCAUAUCACAGUCAUUACUGAACGGAUCCCAAGAGACUCGCUGGAAAUGAGCAACACCCUGGCAGCUCUCUGCACCCUCUUAGCCUUGGUGGCGACGGGUUAUUCUCUGACUUGCACAGAAUGUCUGUCAAAGGACGGAACAACCUGCUCUGGACCCAGUGUGACCUGUCCGUCAAAUGAAGUCUGUGCAUCACUGGCAACAAGAGUUUCCAUAACUGGGAUGAACAACAUGAACCUGUUUGCAAGCUCCUGUGCCCCAAAACAAGAAUGUGAUGUAUCUGGCAGUAUAAGUAUCACAUCUACCAAGAUGGAAUUUGCAUCAUCCUGCUGCUCCACGGACAAGUGCACUCCAGCUAAACCAAAAUUACCAGAUGUGACUAAACCCAAUGGGGUAGUUUGUCCAGCGUGUCUAUCAGUGAAUUCUAAUCCGUGUAAGGCUGGGGAAAGAAUGGAGUGCGCUGGGAAUGAGAAAAUGUGCUAUCUGGAAACAACAACAUUGCCAGAUAAUUCCGGCCCUGUGUCGCUCCAUGGAUGUGCAUCUAAAAGUGUCUGUGAUCUUGUCAGCAUGAGCCAAACAUCCAUCUUUAAAGCCCUGAAUAUCAGUUCAAGCAUUCAAUGCACCAAUGGAGCCUUUGACCAUCAUCAUGGCUUCCUUCUCCCAGCAAUCAUUGUCUCUGCACUAUUUGCAUUCAUGUUUUUGUAGGAAUUUAAUAAGUACAACACUGCUUUAUCUUGUCUGUAGAUAGGGUCCUAAAAAAGUCAUUAUUAUUAGACUAUCGCUUGGAAAGUAAUCUAAUGUAUUUCCAUAUUUAUUAUUGGCACACUAUGGGGCAGAUUUAUCAAAUUUGAAUUUCUAAUUCAAAUUUCUAAUCUUGAAAUUCGAAUUUUUGAGUUUAUUUAAGUGAAAUU